UAAAAGUGGUAAUUGUUUAUUGUUUAGUAUUGACUAAUUUUUAGAAAAUGCUGAUUUGUGGUUUUCAUUUUACCAACACUGAAUAGUUGUUUUUUUCUUCAUGGUGUUUCAAGUCAAACUUUUUCUUUUGUACGUCAUCUAGCGGAUGCAAUAAACGCUUCAGUAAGUACAGUGAAUGAUGAAGACACAUUAUAUGGACGCAACAACAGCAUGAUGCCAAUAACAAACACAACAAAGCCACAGUUAAACUACGGAAUAACCUUGUUUCUGCAGAGGUGGUGUGCUAUGUUCAAGAAACGCUUUCUUCAUUCGUGUCGACAUAAGAUAGCCAUAAUUCCUCAGCUUCUCCUGCCUCUUAUUUACACAAUGUUUGCUCUGAUUGUCGUUGACACGAUUCUUAAGCCCGAGGACUCUCCUCCCAGAAUUUUUAUGACAGCUUUGUUUUAUGAUAAAAUUGCACCUUACGCAAUUGUUGGAAACCCGAACAGGGAGAUAAAUGAUCUGGUUAAAAUGUACACACACUCGGCAAGCUCGUACACUAAGUUCGUUGAUAUCGACAAAGAUAGUGCUUUCCGUGAUGGGAACAUGACCAAAUAUUUGUUAGAAAAAGCCAAAGGAAGAAACAUUGGAUACUUCAACAGACGUUAUCUGGUUGCAGCGACAUUUACUGAAGCAAAUAAAAAAGCAAUAGCCAAGGCUUGGUUCAACGAUCAAGCUUAUCAUGCGAUAGCGGUGGCACUGAGUGCAGUGGACAACGCCAUUUAGAAAAACAGUUCCGGGAAUAAAAACAAAUUAAUCACAGUGACAAAUCAUCCUUUGCCGAGAACUACGGAGCAAAAAUCAAAUGAUUUAGA